AUAUGUGGCUGUCGCUUAUCUUUAUUGCCUGUCUAGCCGGCGCAAGCAGUGGAUCUGUGGGCGGCGAUGAGAAGAUGCCGGUGGAGCAGGGCUUUGUGCCUCGCUAUACUCCGGUGGCCGAGAGCAAGCGACAGGAUUUGGAUUUACCCGCUGAAGUGGGUGUGGAGCAGCAAAAGAGACCAACAGCCGGCGAUAAGAAACCCUGGCGACGAGUGCAGUACGGUUACGAUGGAGUGCAAACGGCUGCCUGGGCUGCGCCCUCACCUCCAGCAGCCAUUCUGUCCAUUCUGAAUCCUCUGCUUGCACCCGGACUGCUCCUUUUGGGUGUCAAUUUGGGAGCACUGCUCUACAUGCUGCUGGGACUUCUGGGACUGGCUCCUCAUCGCAGUGGCGGCCCAAGUCGGAUUGCCUCGCUCCCGGAAACCAAUUCUCAGUACUGGCCUGACGAUCAAAGCUUCUACCACCGAGACAGACACAAUCUGGGUGAGGGCAAGGAAACGGCUGUAUAUUUUUAG